UCCCGGCGUAUUCUCUCGUCCAAGUACAACGUUCAUAAACCCACAACUUCCCACGCCUCACUUUGCGACCGAACGACUUUCCGCGAACUAGGUGCUUUGGGGUUGGAUUAAACGGCGGCACCGGGUGAAUGGUCUGCAGCGAUGAAUAGGCACGCCGCCCUUGCGAACGGGUAUACGGCCUACCCUCGAGGAGGCCAGGGCACUUUUUCCAUCUCUCCUCAUAAAUUCCAGCCGCGCUCACAACCUGCGUUGCGACGGCGAAAGCAACUCAUUCAACGGAUAUGCUUGAUUGGCGGCAUUGCAUUCUUCCUCCUUAUCCUCAUCUUUCCCUCCUGGCGUGCUUCGAUUCUACCCGCACUAUCGCUUGGCCUACUCUCUUCCCCAGACCAUCUACAAAUACAAACAGUCCGAUACUAUGAUCUGGCGCAAGUCAAAGGUUCUGCAACCGGCUGGGAGAAUGGGGACCGGGUGUUGAUGUGCACACCUCUUCGAGACGCUGCGUCCCACCUACCAAUGUUCUUCUCGCAUCUCCGAAACCUCACCUACCCACAUCAUUUGAUAGAUCUCGCUUUCCUUGUGUCAGACUCGAAGGACCAGACAAACGAAAUGUUAGAGCAUAUGUUGGAGGAGCUGCAGCGCGACCCAGACCGUGAUAUGCCCUUCGGAGAGAUCUCGGUGAUCAGGAAGGAUUUUGGACAGCAGGUGAACCAGGACGUGGAAAGCAGACAUGGUUUUGCGGCACAAGCUGGACGUAGGAAGCUGAUGGCCCAGGCGCGGAAUUGGCUACUCAGUGCUACUCUCCGACCAACCCAUAGUUGGGUCUACUGGCGAGAUGCAGAUGUGCUUACCGCACCGUCCACCAUCCUUGAAGAUCUAAUGAGGCACGAUAAAGACGUUAUUGUUCCCAAUGUGUGGCGGCCACUACCCGAUUGGCUCGGUGGAGAACAACCAUACGAUUUGAACUCCUGGCAAGAGUCAGAGACGGCUCUAGCCCUUGCGGAGACACUCGACGAGGACGCGGUCAUUGUGGAAGGUUACGCCGAGUACGCUACCUGGCGACCUCACCUUGCCUACCUUCGCGAUCCAUACGGUGAUCCCGACAUGGAAAUGGAACUGGAUGGAGUAGGUGGUGUUAGUAUUCUUGCGAAAGCAAAGGUUUUCCGCGCCGGAGUCCAUUUCCCGGCCUUCAGCUUCGAGAGGCAUGCCGAAACAGAAGGCUUUGGCAAGAUGGCUAGGCGCAUGGGAUUUUCUGUCGUCGGCCUUCCUCACUACACGAUCUGGCAUCUGUACGAACCAAGUGUGGACGAUCUCAAACACAUGGAAGAGAUGGAGAAAGAACGCAGAGCGCGCGAGGAGGAAGAAAAAGCACAAGCUGAGCGUGCGCAACGGACAGAAACUUACUUCAGGGAUCCAAAGGUCGAAUCGGAAAUCGACAACGCGUUCGUCCGUGACUCUGUAGAGGAGGAGGAGGAGAAGGCCAAAGAUUCGACUCUAGAAAAAGAUGAAUUCAAGGCUGCUGAGAAGGACAGCCCAGCAACGGGAAAAUACAUGCUUGAGAAGGGACACGAUGAGGACAAAUCUGCUGCCCAGAAACAGGGAGCCAAGGGCAAUGUCCGUAUCGAUGAGGAAACGGAGAAUUAG